UCUGAUAGUUGGGUAGCUUAUUCGCAAAGGCUGUUUUUCGUGAGCUAUUCGUCCUGCAUAUGUACUUUCCAAAUAACUGGGCUGACACGCUUCCCGUACAAUUCUCAGGCGGCUCUGUUCUGAUACCAAGGGUAAUAUGCAAAAUUAAGAUCAAGCAAACUACGUCCGAAGGUCACAGUAGUGUUCUCCCAGAUCUAUUCAACUCGACUCUCAAACAUCAACAAGACACCCUAAUUCCGAGAAGCCACUAG